AUGCUUGCCAUUCUACUGCUCGCGAUUCUUUGCGCCGGUGCGCUUGCACACCCUCUCUCGCCUGAGGCUCAGUCCAACGAUGUCAUUUACGACAUCAACGGACAUCCCUAUGUUCCCUACGGGUUACGGGCCGGCCUCAAUGAAAGCCAAGUGAUUUGGUCCUCUCGCCAGAACGGCCAGAACCUUACCACCCGCGGGAGCAACUCCUGGGCUCUACUCGUAUCGCAGAAGACGACCUCGGUGUUUAUUACGAAAUAUAAUACCAAUUACUGUACCAAUUGCGGCCAAUGGCUCAGCCAGCAGCCACGCACAUCGGACAACAAGCUUCGAUGGAUUGCAAAUGACCUGUGGUCCAAAUGCGCAGAUCGUGGCUGCGUCGAUGAGUGGUCCGGACAUGGCUACAAACUCACGGUCAAUGCCAAAUACUGGGGAUGGGAUUGGCGCAAUGGCUUGACGCAAAGUAUCUUGAAAACUAUCGAAGAGGCACUCAAAUGGGAGGUGUACGACAGAACUUUUGCGACUGGCCGUGCCACGUGGGGGGCCGAAAGAACCAUUAGUUUGACGAGUAGCAAGUUCCUGAGCGCCGUGGUGUACACUGACGGGAAGCCUUCUGCUUGGAUGGACUUGACGAUUCAAAAUGACGAAAAAUCAAACUGGUUUUGCUUGUUGUCAUCCCAGAUCGCGCAAACUUUGAGUGGAUACGUUAGCCCAAUUAUGGCCGGAUUGGCCGGUGCUGGUGGUGAUAUUUUGUGUAGCAGUUAA